AGUAGCCAAAGCACAAACCGCACAAACUGCACAGCAGAGUGCAUAGUGUGUUCUCUGCUGGACGUGUUGGGUUCUGUGUCAACAGCGUUGGUCUGUAUUACUUGUGCGGCUGGCCAUUUGCCUUGGACGACUUGUGAAGCGUAGUGUGAGUGAGGUCGAAAAAUGGCCGACGAGGAAUACGAAGGUGACGACGUUGGAGGCGCCGACGACUUCGACGACGUCGAGGAGGACGAGAACCUCGACGAGAUCGACCAGAAUGACGAAGAGAACAUCGAGCUGCUUCAAGCCGCGGACGGCCAACCGCAGCAGAACCAGAAGCGCAUCACCACCACGUACAUGACCAAGUACGAGAGAGCGCGAGUGUUGGGCACGCGAGCGCUGCAGAUCGCCAUGUGCGCGCCUGUCAUGGUGGAGUUGGAAGGCGAGACGGACCCUCUGCAGAUCGCCAUGAAGGAACUCAAGGCUCGCAAAAUCCCCAUCAUCAUUCGCAGGUACCUGCCUGACGGAAGCUACGAAGACUGGGGUAUCGACGAACUCAUCAUCACCGAUUGAAGCUUGC